AUGGUUGAAAAAGUUCCAUUACGGAAAGCUAUUGAAAAGUUGAAGCUUCCUGCAAUUAUAGUUUUUGGUAAUCCCUUGGCGGAUUAUCAUGUACACACAGGAAAUAAAGAUUUGCUGGAAAAAUAUCUUGAAGUAGAUGGAGAAACAGAACUUCUAGAGGAGACAGUGCAUAAAUUGAUACUAGAUUUACCACUACAGUCAGAAUAUGGAUCAAGUGCUGAGGGAUUAGGACGAAAUUCAAUGCGAAUUUUACAAUGGCUUUGUGAUGAAACUUUUCAAAAGCAAUAUAGUGUUUAUUGUGGAAGAAUUGGUGAUGGAGCAUCAUUGUUGAGAUAUUCAAUUCGAGCAGCAGAUGUGGAUGACAGGUUUGCAUAUUCUCCAAAUAUUGACAUAUAAAUUACAGAGUACUGUAUAGUAUUGACAUAUAAAUCAUCUCGCAGCAUUGCGACAGAUAUAGGAGCUGGUGGUGUAUUUACUCUACAUGAUCUUAACAGAGCCCAGUUUCUAUUGCGUACGGCAAAAAUGAUUUAUAUUGAAAAGUAUUUUGUAACAUAUAGUUUUCCUGUUGUGCUAGAAAUUGCUAAACAGGUAGAAGAAAGAAGCAACAUAGUAGUUGUUAACCUUAGUGGAACAUAUAUAUUUAAUGAUGAUCAUCUAGAAAUGUGUAAAAUUGUUGGAUAUGCAAAUAUUGUAUUUGGUAAUGUAAGAGAAAUGGAAGCCUUGGCUCAGUCAUUAAAUGUUACAUAUGAUAAUGUAACAGAUAUACCAUUUUUACUGAAUGCUUUAACAAAUAUUACAGUCAGUGUUUCUAGUACACUCAAUGAAAAUUGGGUACAUCAUGGUAGAGUAUUUGUUAUGAGCCAAGGUGAAUCAGCUCCAGUAAUUGCUGUUUGGGGAAAAAAUCAAUCUGUUCAAGUACAGCCAAUUAAACCAACAGCUCCUGUUAUAGAUACAGCAGGUACUGAUGAUGCUUUGGUAGCUGGUUUUUUAGCAGGUGUUUUAGCUCAGUGGAGCCCAAAACAUUGUUUAGAAUAUGGUUGCAAAGUAGCAUCUUUUAUACUAACCAGACAUGGAGUUGGAUUACCAGAAAAUGUACCACCAGAUUUGUUAGAAUGA